ACGGCAGCGACGCAGGUCACUUCGUGUGUCAAGGGCAGUCUCGGAGUCUCUGCUGGGGACGGACACCGGCUCGGGCUCCGGCUGGGAAACGUCUACCGAGGAUGCAGAUAACGGCGAGUACGGGCCGUUUGCGAUCCCCAAGCGGGUCUACCCCUCGUCGUCAGAGGUGUCUAGCCGUCGCAACUCGUUCAACACUAACAUCAAGCGGCCCAGCAUGCCGGAACUGCUCAGUCUCGAGUCGAAUUCUGUGCCCCCUUCCCCUAAUGCCACGCCGGCACAGGACUCUCACAGCCCCAAGAUGCACCCGGACGACCAGCUGAACCUGGCUGGCGUGCCCUCGCCUAAUCUGGUCUUCAAAAAGCUCACCUUAAAGAAAAGAAUGGUACCCAAAGCGAAAUCGUUCAAACGGGUCGUAAUCGACCUGGAAAACGAGUUAUCGCCGCUCGACACAGAGAUCCAGCACGAGUCGCUGAUAAUGGCUGCCCUCAAGGACGAGCCACACAUAUCAUCCUCCCAAAUAACCACAACCAUGUUGGCAAGACCCUCCAUGCUCAACCAGGACAACCUGAAAGCAUUCGAAAUCAUCAACAAGGCAAACGAACUGUGGAACCAGCGACCCGUGCUGCGCUCCCGCUCGAACUCGGCCGCCUCUACGGUGUCCGACAUGACUCCACAGCCGCCCCAGGCUGCCAUCCAUACACCGCGCGUGAAACGACGCCCCGACAACGAGCCCAAGGCCAGCUCGUCAAAACGUCGCGUCGUUUCCAUCGCACCCUCACCUCCGUCGCCCUUCUUGCCGCCCAGCCACAAGAACCCGAAACUUGCCCACCCAACCACGGUCGAACCUGAGUCCGUCGUGGUUGCGAAGGUGCGAGGUGUGCCUCGGGACAGAUAACACGGCCGCAAUCUGCACCAACAAGUUGACACAAAAAAUUAUAUCCGGAUGAUGCUGGUCAGGCACUUCAGUAAGGCCAUCUCCAGAUGUGCUAAGGUCGACUCGUCGGCCAAGAGCGCGCGCGCAAUCGCCAACUCGAUCGUCCAAAACAUAAACUCCAACACGCUCCCAAACAAAAACCUCGCCACAAGAAACUCCGCCAUCGACGCGGCCCUCUACUUUGACAGUCUCCAGGCACAGAACUUCUUUGAGCACGCUGAAUACAAACAACUACCGGAUGACUCGCAGUUUAUCGAGAAACACUACGACGAGCUCAGACACUACAGAGAGAAGCUGGGCAAGUCCUUUGGCGAAUUUGGCAGUGCUAGCGAGCUGUUCCGCGAGCUGAGCAAGUUCAAGCCGAAAUUCGGGUCCCGGAACACGCGCACGGUGCCCGAGACAGAGGUGUUGCAAGAUAUGGACCAGCUGGCUGUCGUCAAGUUUGAUCGCUUUAUCAACGACCUCGCCAUUACGCUGCGGCUCAACGGCGGCCAUUUGUUUACACUGGACCUGCUGUUGCACAAUAAGGAGCUGUUUGACAGCUUUGAGCAGGAGAAAAAAUGACUUUAUGUAGCGUUAACAAACCCGCGAUUUACGAUGGCAGACGUGUACAUUAAUUGAUUAAGAUUAAUUUAUUUUUCUCCACAUGUCUCUUUACACCUGGAGUCUUGAUCGCGAAACGCUGGGCCUGGGACGGCUCCCGUUUCAUUCCACGAUGGUUCAUUGGAGGUUCUCGGAUGCUGUAUACGUGGUGCUGGUGAUUCUUCUGGACGGGCUGAUUUUUGAGCGAAUUGAGCCAUACCAGAGACAGUUCACUGUGAACGACCUAACAAUCAGCCAUCCGUUUGCGCCUGUCGAGCGUGUGAGCGCUGAGAUGCUGCUGUGGGUGGUUACUGUUGUUCCUCCGCUGAUUAUUAUUUUCUUCGUUCUGUUGCUCACUCCUAAACAGCACAAGUUCUAUGUUCUCUAUGUGAGCAUAUUAGGACACUUUGUUGCCCUUGGAACCUGCGUCUUUGUGACAGACGUGUCGAAGAACUGGAUUGGCCGGUGUCGGCCUGAUUUUCUCGACAGAUGCCAGCCAGAUCCGACAGCGCUCAAGGACACUCUCUACUACGCAAAAGAGAUCUGCACCACCAGACACAAAAAGAAGCUCCUGGACGGCUUCCGCACUACCCCGUCGGGCCACUCCAGUAUGAGCUUCUCCGCAUUGGGCUACACGUCGCUCUGGCUCCUGGGCCAGCUGCAGGCUACCAGAAUGGAAGUCGGAGCAUGGCGGUCUGUGGUUGCCAUGUUGCCCACAUUGUAUGCUUUCUAUGUGGCGAUGUCCCGCACACAGGACUACCGCCAUCACUUUGUGGACGUGCUGCUUGGCUCUGUGCUCGGCUGGCUGCUGGCCUGGUGGUCCUAUAGAAGAGUCUUUCCUCCCGUGACCAGUCCCGAAAGCCACCUGCCGCACGCGUUGACGCAGUCCGAGCCCAGCUACACCAGACUUGGUGACGACGCUUACCCGCUCACGUCCCACCCGGACGACGCCAACUCUGAGAUCCGCUCUGCUGUGUAACGUAGAAUAUACUGUACCAGUUAUCACCGGCCGGGUAACUAUCUUGUCAGAGGUGCUACGCGAACAGAUAAAAAACGGAUCCAAAAAUAUCUUGUUUAACCAUGGAAUCACCCAGAAACUCCACCUACUGUCUGCUUUCAGACGGCGACCUGCAUUUUCUGCCGUACCAGGAUGUUUCUCGCGCGGGUGGUCUGCCAUAUCACUCUUUUCUAGCCAGCAAGACGAUGUCUUCGCUUGCAGCCAGUGCCACAGCCUCCCAGCCUAACUCAGGUUCCGAUAUGGAGUCCCAGAGCGCCUCUGGAUCGUCGUCACUGUGCGAAGGAGUUCCGGGUACCCAUAGUCUCCAAAUGUCUGCUCUUUUAAACCGCUACGCUACACAUGCGUUGUAUCUCCCCAACAUUUACAUCGAGCCGUCCAACACAGGUAACCACGAGGAGACCAAGAAAAUGCUGUGCACUAUCUUCCCGCACUGGAACGACGAGUCCCAAAUCAGCGUGAAACAGUUUACAGGAGGCAUAACCAACAUGCUGCUAGAGUGCACCAUGUACCACCAAAACACAGAAUCACAUGAAAAAGUUCUGGUUCGAACUUAUGGCCGCGGCACGGGCAUGAUUAUUGACCGCGAUAGAGAAUUUGUGUCGCAUCUGGUGAUCAACUCGGUGAACCUGGCACCGCCCAUCCAUGCCCGAUUUGGGAACGGGCUGGUUUACGGCUUUAUAGAGGGACGCUCGCUGGAAUUCACAGAGCUCGCCGAUGAACGUCUGUAUCCAUUGAUUGCUGCGAAACUGGGGCAAUGGCACCAGCAAGUCCAGGUGGACGCGAUCGAGGAGUGUUUGGCUAAGCUGCGCCGGGAGUUCCGGGGAUCGAAGCCGGAAUCGAACGCUUCUGAUCUGUGGUCUGUGAUAUCGAAUUGGAUCCAGUUACUUCCAGAGAUCGAGGGAAUCACCAGCAGCUGUACGCAAAACAUCGACAUCCGGGAGGUCCAGGACCCACAGGCGUCGCUGGUGGACGUUCUGAGGGCCGAACUGGCGUGGCUGCGCAGCCAACUGAACUCCAAGUCGCCUUUAGUGGCUAGUCAUUGCGACCUGUUGAGCGGGAACGUUAUCAUCUCCGAGGAUUUGUCCCAGAAACUCGAAACUGGCCUUUCGGCGUCUGAAAUGGAAUAUUACAUGCAACACAACCCAAUAUCGUUUAUAGACUACGAGUACAUGGUGAAGGCUCCGCGGGCCUUUGACAUCUCGAAUCAUUUCAUGGAAUGGCAGGGAUUCAACUGCGAGCGACACAGAAUCCCCAAGGCAGAGACUUCCAACCGUUUAUUGAGGGAAUGGUGUGCUGCAGCGGCAUUUCGCUAA